CAAAAACAAAGAAAAAAUCAAAAAAAUCACACCCCACCCCCCCCCAGGCGAAAUAAAGUUUUGUUUUAAAAGGAAGAAGAUACUGUGUGUUUAAUUCACGCACACACACACACACGUACUCUCAGAUAGACAGACAAGGCAGACGGCAAGAAAAACGCACAUACACACACACACAUACACGUAGAGGCGCAAUGACCUUGCCGACAAACACAAAUGCAACACCAAACGACGCGGGCAACGGCAGUGGCAGCGGCAGCGACGACGACUCAGACAUGUUCGGACCGCCCCGCUGCUCCCCGCCCAUGGGCUACCAUCAUCAUCGGUCGCGCGUGCCAAUGAUCUCGCCAAAGUUACGACAGCGGGAGGAGCGCAAGCGCAUCCUCCAGCUCUGCGCCCACAAGCUGGAAAGGAUCAAGGACUCGGAGGCCAAUCUCCGACGCAGUGUCUGCAUCAACAACACCUACUGCCGUCUCACCGAUGAGCUGAGGCGCGAGAAGCAAAUGCGUUACCUCCAGAAUCUUCCCAGAACCGACAGCUCGGCCGCCACGGAACUGGCACGUGAGAAUCUCUUCCAGCCAAAUAUGGAUGAUGCCAAGCCAGCCACCACCAACAACAACAAUAACAAUAACAACAAUAUUAAUAAUAAUAAUAAUAAUAAUACAACAAAUAAUAAUAAUAAUAAUGGAAAGUCAUAUGGCGGAGAAUCUCAAAUGGCAGGACGUGGAGGAGCUGUGGAUUUGGAGAAUCAGCCGCCACAAGGAGGUGCAUCCGGAGGACGACAGUCACCAGCUGGAGCUUCGGCACCGGCGGCUGCUGCCUCGGCGCCUGUUUCCGUUUCCGGUUCGGUAUCCGCCACGGCCAACAAUGGCCGGAAACGACACCUGUCGAGCAGCAAUUUGGUCAACGAUCUGGAGAUACUCGACCGGGAACUGAGCGCCAUUAAUGCCCCCAUGCUGCUCAUCGAUCCGGAGAUCACCCAGGGCGCUGAGCAGCUGGAGAAGAUUAGCCGGAAACGGCUGAGGAGCAACAGCAGCAGCGAGGACGAGAGCGAUCGUCUGGUGAGGGAGGCACUCUCCCAGUUCUAUAUACCACCGCAACGCCUCAUCUCGGCUAUUGAGGAGUGUCCUUUGGAUGUGGUCGGCCUGGGAAUGUCCGGCAUGGGUAUGGGCGUGGGUGUGGGUGUGGGUGUGGGCGGAGUGGGAGUGUCGGGCGUUGGUUUGGGAGUUGUUGGUGGAGUUGGAUCGACGGGAGUGGUUGCAGGCGCUGGCGCCGGCAUCGAGGGUCCCAGCAGUAAGCGCAGCAAACUGUCCACCAACGGCAACGAUCAUCAUCAUCAUCACUUGCUGCACCAUCACCUGGAGCUGGUGGAUUUCGAUAUGAACCAGAACCAGAAGGACUUUGAGGUGAUUAUGGAUGCAUUGAGACUGGGUACUCCAACGCCGCCGAGCGGCGCCAGCAGCGAUUCCUGCGGCCAGGCGGCUAUGAUGAGCGAAUCGGCGAGUGUCUUCCACAAUCUGGUGGUCACUUCCCUGGAGACAUGAAAGUAUCAGUAAAAAAAAAAAUACUCCCUCCUAGUAGCCUCCAAUCACCCACCCGCCACGCCCCCAUCUCCUGCAGCAGACAAAGAUUAUUGAAAAAAAAAAAUUGAAAAAUGAGAAAAAAACUGAAAAAAAUCAAGUUUUCAAAUUUUAAGAUUAUGUUUUUGUAUUAAUCUUAAACAAAAAAGUAGAAGAUUAUAAGAAUAUAAGAAAACCAUUAGGCUAUGAGAGUAGAUCUAAGUUUAAACCUAGGCUUAGUUAACAAAUAUAUAUAUAUAUACUAUAUAUUUAGCGAGCCAGUAUUACUCAUUAUUUGGCAAUCGCAGUUUGUACAAAAAACAAAAAAUGCAAAAAUCAUAAAAAUCCAAAACUAAAAAAUACAACAAAAAAAAUUACUAAUUUUUA